UGCAGAGCAGCACUCGUGUGUUUGUUUGUUUUUUUUUUGUUUUUUUUUUUCUUACUUCUAUAAGUACCCUACCAGAAAUCCUGAGGUCUUCACACUAGUGACCUGAAACCAGAGCGAUGACCCUUCAAAGAGAACACGUUUUUGACUUGAUCGACAAUGGGCUUCAUUCAACCGAAUAUCAACUUGAAGAUUUGUACUCAGGCGAGGAAAUAGGUUCUACAAGGGAGAAUGGCAUUCCAUCAGAGCAGGUUGUAGAUCUCACAGGAGAAGUCGAUGGUGCGAGCGAUUGUGAACGGUACUUUAUGCAGGGUCUCUCCCCUACCAUUUACGAGGAGAACGGUCCGGUUCCGGAAUCGGAUCAGCCCUCGGCUUCAGUACCGCAAGCGUACAUAACACCGGGGUCCCCGGAACACGAUGAGCCGGAUGUGUCCCCGGAAUCACCCGUCGAUGAUGUAGAGCGCUCCAGUCAGGCCGCAGAUGGGAGGUCACGUAACGGAUCACCGGUAGAAGCGCGGGGACUGACAGCGGAGGAAAUCAUUCAUCCGGACCCAGCAGAACCGUGUACGCCGCUGAAUCAGACUGAGCCUAUACCGAACAACGGACCUCGGAAAAGGGAACACCGUAGAAGGCUCAUUUCAACCAGCAGUAGCAGUAGUAGGAGCAGCACAAACAGACCCCGACGAUCCGUGAGAGGCUGUCAGAAUUGCUGUCGGACUGCCCAUGAACAACUAGUUUUAAUGAGUAAUGCUUUCCGACUAAUGGGUGAAAUGCUGGCUGUCUACAGUGAUCAUAAUUAG